AGUUAAAUUUCGCGCAAAAUUUUUCUUCUUCAGAGAUCAUCAGGUGUCGCUCUUUCCGGUCCGGAAAGCGGAAACAGUUUACUUUUUGAUGCUGUUGAAUUUAUUUAGAGAUUGUUUUUUUGGUGUUUUGAUUAAUUUAAUUUAAUUUAACAAAAUGUCUCUUAUUAUUCCUGCUAAGUUUCAACACAUUUUGCGUAUCAUGAAUACCAAUAUUGAUGGUCGGCGAAAGGUUAUGUUUGCCUUAACCUCAAUCAAGGGUGUUGGUAGACGAUUCUCUAACAUUGUCUGUAAAAAGGCUGAUGUUGACCUUAACAAACGUGCUGGUGAACUUUCAGAAGAAGAGGUUGAGAAGUUAGUUACCAUCAUGUCUAACCCUAGACAAUACAAGAUUCCACAAUGGUUCUUGAAUAGGCAAAGAGAUAUUAAGGAUGGUAAAUUCAGUCAAGUAACAUCUAACUCUUUGGAAACUAAGAUUCGUGACGAUUUGGAAAGAUUGAAGAAGAUCAAGGCUCACAGAGGUCUUCGUCAUUACUGGGGUCUGAGAGUUCGUGGUCAACAUACCAAAACUACUGGUAGAAGAGGACGAACCGUUGGUGUAUCUAAAAAGAAGGGUUAACCUUACACACUUAUACAUUUAUUAUUUCUGUGUACUUGAUUAAACAUGAUUUAAUCACGAUAA